GCUACGAGCCACCCCCUACACCUCCACCACCUCCUUCUACACCAAUAGCACCUAUUAUCGUGGGUGUGGGAUUUCUUCUUAUUGUUGUGAUCUUAAUUUUGGUAUUUGUACGAUUCUAUCUCAAGAGAGCCAGGAAGUCCAACGUUUCACCAAGAAUGCUGCAAGACAAAGAAAUGGAGUUUGAAAGUGGGGAAUAUGAAGAUGUCACGAACAAAGAAAAUGAGAUGGAAGACUUAAGUCAUGGCAGAGCCAGAUCAGAGGCUGAAUUAAUCUCAGAGAAGGAUGGGCAGAAUGUUUCCUCUUAUGAGGAUGUUGAAGCAGAUGAGGCUCGACCCCUGACCUUUCCAGGCACUACUGUCAUCAACAUCAACACGCAUGAAGACGGGGUGACCUACGAAGUGGAAGAUCCACAGGAGAAUUAUGACGACAUCGAUACAAUCCCUGGAACCACACAGACUACAGCGGAGGUCCAUGAAAGCCUUGAAACAUCACAUGACUUAAACUCAGCUGCCCCAGGAUUGGUGGAGAGAGAUGAGGACUACCUAGAGCCAGAUGUGGAUGGGUGAGCCGAAUGUGGCUUUAGAAACUACUUUUAAAAAUCAGUCUCAAAAAGUGGCUCAUGUCCAAAUUCACCUUCAUUUCUCUCAAAUAAAUAUCAAAUGAAAAGCAAUAUUAAAAUCUUUAAAUUCAACAUACAUUUACUGAAAUGGGUGAAGGAAACUUCCAUUUGAUGGAGGAACAGUGCAAAACGACUGAAAAUCUAUCUUUUGAUACUGUAUAGCAAAAAAACUUAAAAUGUACAAUGUUUUAUAAUGCCAGCCGCUUCUUCCUGCUUCUAGUCUAUAGGCUUACCUAACUGUCUUGUUACUUUUAUAUUCAGCAUAGAAAUGUGUGUAAUAUCAAUAUUCUCAUCAAACUCUGAGUAUAAAAAUACAAGUGUAUUUCUCACAAUAUUAAGCUAUUGUUCUAAAUAUAGUAUAUUCUUUAAAGCAUAAAUAUAAAGAAUUCAA